UUUUGUUUGCUACUUCUUCCUCCCCUUUCCAUCCAGGUUCUCAUCUGUUGCCGCUGCAGGUACGGAAUACCUCACCCGGCGACCACGCGCAGGCCAUGGCACACACCGCAAUCAUAUUCUUCUAAUACGUGAAAGCUCAUACGUGCCCACACCGCAUCACCCCAUGCUUUGACACCUCACUCCACAUGGCAAGGUGCUCGGUCGCCUACAUAGUACCUACCUAGGCACAUACUCUAGCACACCGCUUCCCCAGAACGUGUGCGCCUCUGCCUCUUCAUAAUCGCUCCUUCGUCACCAAAUACCGGCCAAUCCAUAUCCACGGCUCAUUGCCCUUUGCAUCCUGUGCCUCCCAACGAGAGUACGGCCGUGAAGAUAUGUGUAUUGCCAUCAUUACGACUGAACACCCUGACUACCCCUUCAUUCUCCUCAACAACAGAGACGAAUAUCUGCAUCGACCCACGCAGCAAGCAGAAUGGUGGCCAGCUCCCCACUCACAUGUGCUUGGAGGCUAUGAUCUCUACCGCUCGGCCCACGGUACCUGGCUCGGUAUGACGCGCCAGGGCCGUCUCGCGGUUCUCACCAACUUCCGCGAAGAGAAUGACAAGCUCGUCGUUGGCGCGAGGAGCAGAGGGCUGAUACCAAAUGCGUGGUUGAAGUCGGAUCCAGGGGGGAACGAAUCCACCGAGCAGUUUGCGGGGAGACUGGUCGAGGAUGGUGUCAGGGGCAUUGGCGGCUUCAGCUUGUGCUACGGCCUGGCUCAAGACGUGGUCAAGGACGGCGGAAAGGGACUCGCCAUCAUCUCCAACCGCACACCCGAUGCGGCCGGGCUGAUUCGCAUCGCUGCAGGGCCGAACGAGACGCAUGCUCUCAGCAAUGCAGCGUAUAGCGACCGGUCAUGGCCCAAGGUGCUCAAUGGCGAAAAGUGGACGCGGGCCGCAAUUCGGGAAGGCGUACAGAAGCACGAGACGCGCGAGCAGCUGGUCGAAAGGCUGCUAGCCAUUCUCAGCACCGACACAAUGCCCAAGCAGAAGGAGAACGAAGAGUGGGACAUGUAUCUCAACCAGCUCCGUCACAGCAUCUUCAUUCCCGCGAUAGGUCGCGACCACUUGGCAGAGAUGAGGAUGCCGGCCCAUGAAGUCGGCGACGAGGUCAAGCACAAAGCCGCGAAUGCCUUGUCAGGGUGCUAUGGCACACAAAAGCAAAUCGUCAUCCUGGUGUCCAAGCAGGGCAACGUCUUCUACCUGGAGCGCACGCUUUUCGACAACGAUGCGAACCCUGUCGAGCGCGGCAAGGGAGACCGCACCUUUGAGUUUCAGAUCGAGGGCUGGUGAAGCGCUGGGCGCUCUUCAGCAUAGCUAUUCAAAAAAAGACAUAGACAGCCACAGCAACAACACAACAGCAGCGGCAGCAGCAAGACCUACGUUGAGACAGCUGUGGUGUCGGGUGUUCAAAUGUUUACUAAGUACCUAGGUACUCUCUGGAACCUGUCAGGUGACGUCUGUUGUAU